AUGUUUGACCGACAGUAUGAUAAAUUUCAUCAAAUCUUGGUUGAUAGGUACGGCACAACAAUCCCAAUGAGUUUUAGUUCUAGUUCUUGCUCUUUGCUCCACUUGUACUGGGUUUCUGUACCCGAGGGAGAAGUUGAGGAUGAAGGAGAAGGAGAAGCAGGAGAAGGAGAACCGGGGAAGGGGGUUAGGAUUUAA